AUGGCGAAGACAAACACGAGGAAUCGUAUAAAGGACGAGAAAGACGAACGUAGUGGACUUAGCUUAGCUCACUUCGUUCCCCGCCCCACUUGCCUCACCAUCUCGAGCUUUCUGAUGAUGCGUGCCGCUAUUAUCCUCAUCCUAGCCGCAUUCCUCGGUGCCGCCCAGGCUCAUGUCCUCGGUCGCCAGUCCGGGGGCUGCAACUGUGCAGGUUAG